AUGCUCAGCUACGUGCAGCUCGCCGCCGUCUGUGUCGUCAUUGCUACCCCAUCUGGCCGCGUCAACUGUCAGACUAGCCAAGGAGGAUCAGGCCUCGUACCUCCUCGCGAUGAUGGUCGUGCAUGCGAACUCUGCAUGACCCAGGCUCAAUGCCUUUCCAGGUUGGCUAAGCGCUGCCAUCGGAAUGCCAUGGAAUUCGAAUGCGAGCGCAAGUCGGCACGUCAGCGGUGUUCGGCGAUGCGAAGAUACACAAUGGCAACUGUCGCAAGGGCUGCAGUGCAUCUGUUCCACGUUCAAGCCCGUCAGAUGCAGUUCGAGACACUGCUUUUGCGCUGA